AUGCGCGUCGGCAAGGGAACCGUGGGCGACGCGCUGGGCGCAUUCCUUGACCACGAGUUCGACCUGCCUCUGGAGUUCUUGCGCCGUGCACAGUCCUACUCUGGCCCCCGCACCCGCCUCCGCCGCGUGGUCGCGGACAUGAUCGCCGGCAAGCCAGUCGAGAUCAACAUCCUCGGCGGCUCCGUCUCCGCCGGCGCUGUCGCAACCCGCAAGAUGGACCCGGUCAACCCCAACGACGUCUGGAGCCUCGUGCGCCUGCAGCUGCAGACCCGCCUGUCCCCGAAGGUCCAGUUUUACAACAACGCGCGGUCGGCCACCAAGUCGCUGAUCUUCUCGAUGUGCCUGCCGCGCUGGCUGAACGCGACCGCCGACCUGGUGUUUGUCGAGUUCAUUGCCAACGACGGCAGCGAGAUGGACACCUCGCUGGACGGGCCGCUGGACAAGGCGCGGUCCUACGAGAGGUUCCUGCGGAAGAUCCAGCAGCAGCCAUCCAACCCAGCCGUCAUGCUGGUGAGCGAGAUGGCCUACCCGCCAGGCGGCCGCGACGGCAAGGCCAAGCGCGCGUUCUUCUCCACCCCCGAGGACAACUACGGCAACCUGGCGCAGUACUACGACAUCCCCACCAUCUCAUUCAGGGACGCCCUCUGGCAGCUGGGCGACAACGGCCGCGACGGCAUGUCGUGGGACGACUUCAUGGGACCGGACCGGCUGCACCCCAACGACAGGGGCCACCGGCUGAUGGCCGACAUGGUGAUCUACCUGAUGCAGCAGACAGCGGUCGACCUGCUGGUGCACCCGCUCUCGCAUGCCGAGGUUGCCGCCUCCGCAGCGCCGCUGCCGCCGCCCAUGUUUGCGGGCAACGACGCGAGCCUCAACCAGAUAUGCGCCCAGGGCAAGAACAUGAGCCGCCACGUCGUCGCCUCCGCCGGGUGGGAGGUGACCCCCUACUCGGAAGGCACCAAGUACCCCACAUUCGGCUACGAGACCACCACGCCCGCCGCGCCGCUCGUGAUCGAGGCGUCCACCGUUGGCGACGCGCCCGGGCGACCGGCAAGCGUCAUGCUGACGUACACCAAGGCCAAGGCGGGCUUUGGGAACGCCAAAGUCACCUGCUCCAACGGGUGCACCUGCGACCCCGUCACCCUGGAGGGCUCCGUGACCUACGACCAGACGGUCGUGUUUGUGGAGAUGGUCCACCCCACUGCGGCGCCCGCGUGCCGCGUCAGCGUCGAGAUGGACCCCGCGAGCGCCCCGGGCUCCAAGUUCCGUGUCUCGGGGGUGGUGAUCACCGGGGACCCCGGCCACGUGUCGGGCCGCAUUGGAGAGGAAAAAUACAUGUCGUGGCUCUCCGGCGACGCCUGGGUUGCCUAG